GACACUGCAGCUCUAUGUCCGGACAUGUAGAUCUCAUAGCGGCUUGGCCUUUGUUAGCGAGUCGCUGAGAAGAACCAAGAAAGCCGGGGGGAGCCGCAUUCAUGCACUUACAGAGAGGAAAAUGAUCAUCUGCACGAAAAACAUGGACUAUCGCCUUGGAACCCAGUGCCAGUUCGUUCAAAAUCAGGUGAUUGUGAACUCUGAGAAAGACCGUGCUUCUCUCUUGUGUAUGAAGGCUCUGGCCAACAGGGGGCGCUUGGACUCGGUGUCUCAGCAGAUGGCCUCUCACCCACAGUACCUGGAGAGUUUCCUGCGCACACAGCACUACAUCCUCUACAUGGAUGGCCCAUUGCCCCUGCACUACCGCCACUACAUUGCCAUCAUGGCUGCGGCGCAGCAUCACUGUAGGUACCUGGUGUCUCUGCACUCGGCUCAGUUUCUGCGGGUUGGCGGGGACCGGUUAUGGCUUCAGGGCUUAGAGGCCGCACCCCCGCGUCUACGGCACCUUGAUCACAUCAACAAGGUCCUGGCCCAUCAGCCUUGGCUCACGGCACGCUCGCACAUACAGGCUCUGCUCAAGACGGGGGAGCAGUGCUGGUCUCUGGCUGAGCUUGUCCAGGCCGUGGUUCUGCUGGCACACUGUCACUCCCUCUGCAGUUUUGUUUUCGGUUCUGGUUCUGACUCGGACACCGGUCCUACUCCCAGAGUGCAUCACGGCACGCCCCCUGGCUACUGUCUCUGUGACGCUGCCAACGGCAACACCUCCUUCUCGCCACCCCUUACUGGACCCAUAGAGAGGGCGCCACGCAGAAGGUCUUUAGACUCCAGCUGUGAAAUCUCUUGCCUUCGAGAACAAAUUCAAAAAUCCCAGGAGGAGAUCAAGGAAAGAAAAGGAGACCGACUCCAUUCACAUACACUCCUACAUACAGAUGUGGAGGAGGAGGACGAGGCAGUGUUUUCUGCAGACCCCUCCCGCUUCGUCACAGACCCAGAAUUCGGCUACCAGGAAUUCGCCAGACGGGAGGAGGACCAUUUCCAAGUAUUCCGGGUGCAGGACUAUUCAUGGGAGGAUCACGGCUUCUCGUUGGUGAACAGGCUCUACUCUGAUAUAGGGCACUUGUUAGACGAGCGAUUCCGCAAUGUGGCCUCCCUCCCUUUCCCUCACAGCCCCGAUCUCAAACGAGCCAUCUGGAACUACAUCCACUGUAUCUAUGGCAUCAGGUAUGAUGAUUAUGAUUAUGGGGAAGUCAACCGGUUACUGGAGCGUGGACUGAAACUUUAUAUUAAAGCUGUGGCCUGCUAUCCCGACUCCAGCAAGACCCCUCUAUGCCCACUGUCCUGGGCCCCUGUCAAAGCUUCAGAGAAGGUUCAUGUGAAUUUGUUAGUGAUGGAGGCACGUCUGCAGGCCGAGCUGCUGUAUGCACUCAGAGCCAUCACUCAAUACAUGAUCGCAUAGGACACGAGCGUUCAGCGCCACAGAGGGACAUGGUACAACAUAAGUCAAGGCAAAGAAAUACAAGCAGAGAUCAGUCUCUCUGUAUUUGUUGUCUCCGAGUUUACCGAUGUGAUGUAAGGUACUGCUGUGAAACGUUUCUUUGCCAAAGGUGAAACUUUAGGAAGAAGAAGAAAAAAAAAAAAAAAGGUGCAAAGCAAUCGCUCUCACCCCUACUGUCAUUUUGCAUGUGUUUCUCCUACUUUAUUUUGUUUCUUUAUUUGUCCUUUUUGUGUGCAUACUCUUUUUCUUUUUUUUUUUUUUUUUUUUUUAUCCUUAUCUCAGAUGGUUAAUGUGCAAUUAUUUUUAUUCAGUUGUUUUUGUUAUUAAUAUUUUCCCGUUUGUUUUGUUUGUUGUUUUUUUUUUUGCUGUUGCUAUUCAAACUGAGCGAGAGAGAAAGUGUACCGUUUUCCAAGGUGUCCGACUCUGGAAAGGUCAUAGCCAAUUUGAGUCACUGUUUACAGAAAAUGAAUGAAUGGACGAAGACUCUUGCUUAACGUGGCUUCCAGGUAUUUCAUUUGAAUGUGGAAUAGUGAGACCAGAGCAAAAUUUAACAAAGGGUUUAGAGAAGGUUCAACAGCUGUAACUUUCUUUUUAAAUUAGCACUUUUAAGACCGUAUCUAUCUAGUAUAGAAUAUCUCAAUAAGCUUUCGGCUGUGGCUUCGUUCUGCACACAGCAGGUCAUCGAAGUACUGUUUUCACUCCUUUCGAUCGAUUAUUAGCAUUUUCAAAAUCUUCCACACUUUUUUUUUUUUUCUCUGCAUGGGUGCUAAAGUGAUUAAAAUGAGUGCAUUUAUAGGAUCUAUAAUUAUCAUCCGAUUCAUCUCAGUAGGAAUCCAAACCGCUUUACAAUGUGAAUAAAUUCGAGGUUCAAAGCAGUGAAAAUGAAUCGCUUUUUCUAUAAGACUUCUCUGUGGUAGUGUUUUCAGUGUUUCUCGGUGACUUGCAAACUGGCCAAAUCGACGCCGUAUGUAUUUAAAUGAUAUCAUUUAAAUGUAGUUCUUUCAUUUUGAACUGAUUGGCCCACUGAAGUGAUUCUGAAAGGACCAGCAUUUAGCGUUUAGGUUAAUGUUGUGCUGGAUCGUUUUGGAUCAGCAACAAUUAGGUCUUGUUUUUUAAAUAUUUUACCAUGUAAAAAAAAUAAAAAAUAAUUAAGUCACCUUGUGAUGUAAGUGAGGAAGAGCACAAAUGAGAAUAAGCUUGUGAUUUUUAAUGUUGACACGUAGAUCAAAUGAAGGACUUCUGACAGAACUAUAUAAGAUGUGUAAAGGUUCAGCCUUGUCGCUAUCCUUCCCAUAACUGACCUGCACAAAAUUGUCUUUUUUUUUUUUUGGUUUUGCACUGAACCUUUUGCACAAAACAAUACAAGUGUGGUUGCAGCCGUCAUUGUUACAAACUGCUCUGAGGCGAUGGCGCCCCUCUGCUCCCAUGAAUAUAUUCAAUGUCCAGUUUUGUUGACUAGGCCAAAUACCUGUACUGUUAAACUCUCAUCGGUCUGGUUAAUUAUAGUUGGCAGAAUGAUUUGGGCAACACCUAUGGUUGGUUUUGUGUGUUUGUUUUUAAACAUUGCAUUACUUUUUGUUCCCGUUUAAGCGUCUCGUCCUUUUCGAGGGAGGGUUUUGUUUGUUGAUGUCAGUUUUGCUCUCGUCUGAACCGUUUAGAUUAAGAAGCCAAGGUAUGCAAACGAGCAGAAAUGUGUACAGGAGCCACAGUCUGUGCUGGACGCAUGGUGCCUUUUGACUGCUGAUGAGUCACGGCUCGUCGGUACAGCAGAACUGGACUCAGAGCUAAGCCUGCAUUAAUUCAAGCCGAGAAUGGAAGAUGUUCUUCAUCCAAGCCGACCGACGGAUAGUGGACAUCCGGAGACGUUUGUCAGGAGCGGAACAGGACCGCAGCACGGCCGUUCUACCUUAAGCAGGACUGUCUUAAAUGCUUGUUCUUCAAAGACGGUUUGCCACGUCCCUGAAACGCGGAGGCUUCCAGACCGUCUCCUCCACCUCAGCUGGAAGACGCUUUUGGACUGUGCCUCGGCGGAGGAGACUGGACGAGCAUGGCUAUUGCCAAAAUGUUUAUUUACCACGUAAAUGUAGGAACUAUAAAAAUUUAAACUGACCAAAAAAAAAAAAAAAAAAAAAAAAACUUGGAAAAAAACAGGCAAAAAAAAAAAAAAAAAGUUUUGAAAUGUGAAAGCUUAUUUUUUCUAUAAAGAUAUGCAAUAUCA